GGAUCUCUCCCAACAAUCUGUAAAAUAAGCUCCAGUCACUGCGUUGCUUACCGAAUAAUCUGGAACUUAUUUCUUGGCCAGACAUUUUUGGUUAAAGCCCAUGUUAAGAAGCUUGACUCAGGGCAGCUCAAAUUCACUUCAGCUCCUCCGCUCCCUUUGAGAACAGCAGCCGGAGAACGAUGGAGCUCCGAGGAGUUUGCCUUCUGAUGUGCCUCUUUUCUGUGGUACAAUUGACAACUCAGCAGAACAUCAGACCCAAGAAAAAGCCAGAGAAAGAUGCUGUAAGCCUCAAAAUGUUUGAAGACCUGAAGGAGCAGUUAGAGAAUAUCUCCCAGGAGGUGACUCUGCUAAAAGAAAAGCAAGCACUUCAAACAGUUUGUCUGAAAGGCACCAAGGUCAACCUGAAGUGUUUCCUGGCUUUCCCCAACGCCAAGACCUAUCACGAAGCCAGCGAAGACUGCAUCUCUCAAGGCGGCACCCUCAGCACUCCUCAGACGGGAGAUGAAAACGACGCCCUGUACGACUACAUGAGAAAGAGCAUCGGGGCUCUGUCGGAAAUCUGGCUCGGCAUCAACGAUAUGGCCGCCGAAGGGAGAUGGGUGGACAUGACAAGUACUGGCAUUGGCUUCAAGAACUGGGAAACGGAGAUCACCACUCAGCCCGACGGUGGGAAACUGGAAAACUGUGCCACGUUGUCGGGGGUUGCCACCGGCAAGUGGUUUGACAAGAGGUGCAGAGAUAAGCUGCCAUAUGUGUGCCAGUUCAUGAUAGUUUAACGGUGGGACUCCUGCUGUGGAAGAGGAGGUCGAGGCGUUCCACUUGGCCCCGGGAACAGAGCUGCAAA